AUACGCGGCGGCGGCGGCGGCGGCGGCGGCGGGGCCCGGGGCGGGGGGCGCCGGGCAGCGGGGCGAGGCGGCCCCCGCCGCCGCCAUGGACGCGCUGGGACCCGGACCUCCAACCAGCCUGUUUCAGCCACCUCGUCGUCCUGGCCUUGGAACUGUUGGAAAACCAAUUCGACUGUUAGCCAACCAUUUUCAGGUUCAGAUUCCUAAAAUAGAUGUAUAUCACUAUGAUGUGGAUAUUAAACCAGAAAAAAGGCCUCGGAGAGUCAACAGAGAGGUAGUAGAUACAAUGGUGCGGCACUUCAAGAUGCAGAUAUUUGGUGAUCGGCAGCCUGGCUAUGAUGGCAAAAGAAACAUGUACACAGCACACCCACUGCCAAUUGGACGGGACAGGGUUGAUAUGGAAGUGACCCUUCCAGGUGAGGGUAAAGACCAAACCUUUAAAGUGUCUGUUCAGUGGGUAUCAGUUGUAAGCCUUCAGUUGCUUUUAGAAGCUUUGGCUGGGCACUUGAAUGAAGUCCCAGAUGACUCAGUACAAGCACUUGAUGUUAUCACAAGACACCUUCCCUCCAUGAGGUACACUCCGGUGGGUCGUUCUUUUUUCUCACCUCCCGAAGGUUAUUACCACCCUCUGGGAGGGGGCAGAGAGGUCUGGUUUGGCUUUCAUCAGUCUGUGAGACCUGCUAUGUGGAAUAUGAUGCUCAAUAUUGACGUGUCUGCAACUGCUUUCUACCGGGCUCAGCCUAUCAUUGAGUUCAUGUGUGAGGUUUUAGACAUUCAGAACAUCAAUGAACAGACCAAACCGCUAACAGAUUCCCAGCGUGUCAAGUUUACCAAAGAAAUCAGAGGUCUUAAAGUUGAGGUGACCCACUGUGGACAAAUGAAACGAAAAUAUCGAGUUUGUAAUGUGACUAGACGGCCAGCCAGUCAUCAAACUUUUCCCUUACAGUUGGAAAAUGGUCAAGCUAUGGAAUGUACAGUAGCUCAAUAUUUUAAGCAGAAGUAUAGUCUGCAGCUGAAAUACCCGCAUCUUCCCUGUCUCCAAGUGGGACAAGAACAAAAACAUACAUAUUUGCCACUUGAGGUCUGUAAUAUCGUGGCAGGACAGCGAUGCAUCAAGAAACUCACAGACAAUCAGACUUCCACGAUGAUCAAAGCUACAGCCAGAUCUGCUCCUGACAGACAGGAAGAAAUCAGCAGACUGGUGAAGAGUAACAGCAUGGUGGGUGGACCGGAUCCAUACCUUAAAGAAUUUGGUAUUGUUGUCCACAAUGAAAUGACAGAGCUGACAGGCAGGGUACUCCCAGCACCAAUGCUGCAGUACGGAGGCCGGAAUAAAACGGUAGCCACACCCAACCAGGGUGUCUGGGACAUGCGAGGAAAGCAGUUUUAUGCUGGCAUUGAAAUUAAAGUUUGGGCAGUUGCUUGUUUUGCGCCUCAGAAACAAUGUAGGGAAGAUUUACUAAAGAGUUUCACUGACCAGCUCCGUAAAAUCUCUAAGGAUGCAGGGAUGCCCAUCCAGGGUCAGCCGUGUUUCUGCAAGUAUGCACAAGGUGCAGACAGCGUGGAGCCCAUGUUCAAACAUCUGAAAAUGACCUAUGUGGGCCUACAGCUAAUCGUGGUUAUCUUGCCUGGGAAGACACCGGUGUAUGCGGAGGUGAAACGUGUUGGAGAUACCCUCCUGGGUAUGGCCACACAAUGUGUCCAAGUAAAAAAUGUGGUGAAGACCUCGCCCCAAACUCUUUCCAACCUUUGCCUGAAGAUAAAUGCAAAGCUCGGAGGAAUUAACAACGUGCUUGUACCUCAUCAAAGGCCCUCGGUGUUCCAGCAGCCUGUCAUCUUCCUGGGAGCGGAUGUCACACACCCCCCAGCCGGGGACGGAAAGAAGCCUUCCAUUGCUGCUGUCGUUGGCAGUAUGGAUGGCCACCCCAGCCGGUACUGUGCCACCGUCCGGGUGCAGACCUCCCGCCAGGAGAUCUCCCAGGAGCUCCUCUAUAGCCAGGAGGUAAUUCAGGACCUUACUAACAUGGUUCGAGAGCUGCUGAUCCAGUUCUACAAAUCCACACGCUUCAAACCCACUCGGAUCAUCUACUACCGAGGAGGGGUAUCGGAGGGACAAAUGAAGCAGGUAGCCUGGCCAGAGCUCAUAGCCAUCCGGAAGGCAUGUAUUAGCUUGGAGGAAGACUACCGGCCAGGAAUAACCUACAUCGUGGUGCAGAAGAGACACCACACACGACUCUUCUGUGCAGAUAAAACAGAAAGGGUGGGGAAAAGUGGCAACGUACCAGCAGGCACUACAGUGGACAGUACCAUCACACAUCCUUCAGAGUUUGACUUUUACCUCUGUAGUCAUGCAGGAAUUCAGGGAACCAGCCGUCCUUCACAUUACCAGGUCUUGUGGGAUGACAACUGCUUCACCGCAGAUGAACUCCAGCUACUAACUUACCAGCUAUGUCACACGUAUGUGAGGUGCACACGCUCGGUCUCCAUUCCAGCCCCUGCAUAUUAUGCCCGGCUUGUAGCAUUCAGGGCAAGGUAUCAUCUGGUGGAUAAAGAUCAUGACAGCGCGGAAGGCAGUCAUGUGUCAGGACAGAGCAACGGCCGGGAUCCUCAGGCCUUGGCCAAGGCUGUGCAGAUCCACCAUGAUACCCAGCACACGAUGUAUUUUGCCUGAGAGUCUCAGAAAAAGAACUCAACCAAUCUGGCACCCCACGCAGCCUCGAAAUGUUUCAAAUGCCUACCGCCUCUGAGAGAGCCAAGUUGACUUCAGGUGGUCCUCUACCAGCAGCUUGGAAUAGUUGCACUGAAUCUAUACUUUGCAGCACUGUCUGAUGCAUCAACAAAAUUGAGCCAUUUUUUAAAAAGUAAUAGAUACUCCUAGAUUGUCUUUUCUGAUGCACUGGACUGAAUUUUUACCUCAUCUUGCAAAGGCUGAUCGGCCUGAACUUCCUUAAGGACUUUAUGAGAAAGGUUUCUAUGGAAUAUUUUGCUAGCUGUGGUGUUCACCGCAUCCCUCUAGUCUUAGAAGAUUAUUCCUUGUUUUCUGUAUCCAUUGAGUGGGGUGUAUGCAUAAGUGGGAAAGAAAAACCAAUCUACUUCAGUUCAGCGUAACUUUCUAAUUCUGUGGGUCCAUAGACUUUUUAAUGGAGAUUUCUGACUUCACCACUGUAAAUGCCUUUAAUGAGCAUUAAUUUUUGAAAGUUUUACAGUUUUAUUAGUUUUCCUACUUCAUCUUCAUGAUAUCUACAGACUUGUGCUGGUGCAAGAACAGGCUGCCAGGCAAUUGCACUAUAUUUGGCUGCAAAUCCAGACAGGCAGUUCUCUUAUUUGGUUGACUUUUGUGAAUGUGUAGCACAAAGAGAUGUAAUGCAUGUCACGGUGACAAAAUAACACUGCCAUGGUAAGAGUAUUCAUGUUUCCCACCUCUCUGAAAAAAAAAAAAAACUUUUAGUAUUUUUCAAAGUUUUCAAAAGUGCCCAUUUUAUGCUGCUGUGUGGUUUGUUAGAUCUAAAUGAUUUUUAAGCUUUUCUCAUAGAAAAUUAACUUUGGCAAUAAACAUUUUUUAAGGUCCCUUCUCUUCCUCCCCCAACAAUGUAGUUUUUUAGAUGAGAUUUCAGUAUGAUUUUAUCAGCUACUUCUUAUAGAUCAUAAUCUGGCAAUUUCUGAAACUGGUCAGAAAAGACAUAUAUUUCCAUGACUUUUUAAAGAAUUAUUUUUAUCUGUUUUAUAGUCACAGUUGGUGUCCUGUCACUUUGUUUUAAAAUAAGCUAGAACCAGGAUGCUUCCUUAUCGGAUAGGCUUUGCCAAUCCUCAAAGUACAUUGAGUGAUGCUGCAACCUGCACAAAUGUACCAGCAUUUAAAACUUUUUUUCCCGGGAAUCAAGGUUACUCACACAAUUAUGUGCAGUGCAAUUUUUUUUUUUUCUUCUCUUUCAACCUGAGAUGUACUUGGUGGGGUUUCCUUCCUUUCCCUAAACUAAAAUUGCUUAGAAGAGGUUGAUUUUUCUGAAUAGAUUCUAGAUUCCGCUCGCAAGGAGACGGGUUCCUUUCUUGUCCAAACAAAGGGAGCUGAUCUAAAGCAAGCAUCAGUUGAAAAUGUAGGGAAAAAUGUAUUUUGUAUUUAGUGUAGAUACCACUUUGUGAAUGGACAGCAGUUACAUAGAGUCUUGGUAGUUCUAGCCAGUGUUUCCCAGCCCCAAUUGUACUGACUUGUGAUUCUCUAAUCCUGGAACCUCAGAAGUGAGAGCUGGAGAAGGGGAUCAAAGCCCCAGAGCCGCCUUCCGUGUGACUGAGGAAGGUGCUGGGGGAAGAGACAGACACAAUGUGGGAAAACCACUUUGCCCCCCUGUCUGGAGACUGCUGGUGGGGAAACACUGGAUCUGAUGGUGAAAGGUGUUUGAACUCUGUAGCCGGUCCAGAUCGCUCGAACUAGCCUUCUCAAAAUCCCAGCAAUACAAAGCACUGUUUUUCUUCGGUCUUUUAAAGAAGCUUGUAAAUACGUUGAAGUUUACAUUUCCACGUGCCGUAGGUCAGCGGCGGCCCCCACCCCCCUCCUCCGUGUUUGCUGAAACUUUAGAAGGUCAGCAGAGUCCCGUAGCUCAUUCCGAGGACUGCAGCGGCGCGUGCAGCGGGGCCCCAAGCAAGGUCUGUAACCGAGGCACAUCCGAGGCAGGAGUGAAGGGACGGAAGGUGUUCAUUGCUUAAGAUUUUCCUUUUCUGCAAAUACCUCACGUGGAUACUACGAAUCAGGACCUGUUGGUGAGGGGCUGGCUGCUGCUUUUGCUCACACUUGUUCAGGGAGAGCUCAGAAAAUACCCUUCAGCUUGGCCCCCUUGGGCCCAGGAGGAGGAAGCUUCUUUCGGAGAAGCAGGACUUGCCGGGGUUCAGGAUGUGCAGAGCCCUUGGCCAGCGGGCACCCCACCUGUACUCGAGGGCCUCAGGCCUGCUUGUUAACGCACAGAAGUGUCACUUCUCACCCUGUCCUGUCCUGCGUGCAGCAGGGAGCGAUGCGGAGGGCCACGGAGCCCGGAUUGGCUUGCCGGGCCAUGGCCUGAAUGCUUGACCUUGAACUCUACAGCUUGUACAACCUCAGUCAGUCCUGUACACUGGGCCGAAUCAGUGUGGUGGUGGAGGAAAAGCCGGGAGGCCUAUUUUUAUAGGAAACAGUACUUUUAAGGGGGCAGAUGCUCUCAUUUUGGAUGAAAGGAAAGAAAUAUGGAAGAACUAGGAUUAUUGGGGAAAAAAACAAAACAAAACCUGCUGAGGGGGUGAAUCUUUAAGAGGUAAUCACUAUAGAGUCGGAGCUGCAGCAAUACUGUUGCAAGCAAGUCUAAAUGCAUAGUUGCAAUUUGGCUUGACAGCUGCAAUACCCUAACCCCUCGGGGCCGACUGAAUUGUCAUGCAUGUGUCAAUCAAUGGGAGGUGUGCAUUCUCUAGAAGUAGGUUUAGGCUGUUUGUCUGUUGGUUUCCUUUGGGUUUUUUUUUUUUUUUUUUUUUUUUUUUUUUUUAAAUGCAGCCUGGUUAGGCCCUGUCAUGUGGUGUGAAAGAUUGAAACGUAGCAAUGCUAAAGAGUAACCGUUAAGGAAUAAGGUGCGGGGACAUUAAGAGAGUGGUGACGAUCCAAACGAGAACCGAUUACGUGGUGUGGUGGUGGUUGUUGAAGCUGCUGAACCCUCGGGGUUUCUAAAGUGAACUAGCUGACUUAAAGCACUCAGAGCCUGGGCACGCAGAACAUGUUCAUUCUUACUGUAAAUUCUGUUUGCUGCUUCCAAAGGUGAUGAUUUACAAGCAGACACGUUCUGUAUGGCCUGUACUUUAGGAUCCGGUGCCCAGCCUGUGUCGGAGCUCACCACCUGGUUCCCCUACCUACCCUUGCUGUGGGAAAAGGCAACCCACUGCCUAAGGAGGCCCGCUCUCUCUGCUCUGCCCCAGUGACCCUUUGUGGAUGUGCUGUAAGAUUUUCUUGCUCAAUAGCAAGGUGUUGGGAGCUCUGCUUUCAUUUUAAGAAAGUGGAGGCUGAGGGCAUUGUAUGAAUACUGCUUCAACUCCGAGGAUUUUUCCUUAUAAAAUUAAAGGGAAGAUCUUGUUAUCGCUUAACCAUUUUCUUAUCCCUUGCUAUUGACAUUCAUGCUCUAUGUCUAGUGGCUGAAAAUGUUUGCAUUUGUUCAUUUGACUAAUGGUGUAAUUUUGGUUUCUAUAUUGUUAGACCUGUAAUGUUUUAAAAUGUAUUUUAUUAACUUUGGACUGGAUGUAUGUCUCUAGCAAUACGAGGUACUUUCUAAACUAUUAAGGGAGGGGUGAUAUCCUCAUGUUGAGAUAAAAUGAUGGUUGUUUAAAUUUUGCAAUUUUUUUUUGGCCUGCAGGGAUAUUUUGUGUUCAUGUGUCCAAAAGAGAAUAAAUUGGCAUUCUUGUGCCAAAA